AUGGACGACGAUGAUGACGGAUGUGUUCUCACUCAGGACAGAGGUUGGGGUGUGAAAUAUCCUGAUAAUCCGAUCUGUGCUGUAAGAGGAUUCAGUGUCUCCAUUCCCUGUAGUUAUUAUUAUCCAACAUCAAAUCCCAAUAUUCAGGUGAAGAAACAGCUUUGGUGCUCGAUGAACUUAAACACAGGCAGGUGUUUAAACCCUCCGUAUGUUUAUGACAGCUCAUCAAACACCAACUCAGACUUUGAGUACGCUGGAGACGACAAAUCAAACUGCACUUUAUUAAUCCACAAUCUACAGUUCAGUUAUUCUGGAGAGUACAGAUUCAGAUUUAUAACUGCUAAUCCUGGUGACAGAUGGACAGGUGAUCCUGGAGCGACUCUACAAGUUGCAGAUUUAAAGGUGUCACUAAUCAGGCUCAGUGGAAACGGGACCCUUAAACAAGGAGACUCGUUAAAUCUGACGUGUGAUGUGACGUGUACACACAGUUCCUCACAGUUCAUGUGGUCUAAGAACAACGAGCUGUUAAAUACAUCAGGACCCGUUCUUCACUUUCCUGCUCUAACCGUGAGGGAUUCUGGGAAUUACACCUGCACUUGGAAAACCAACGAGGCCUCAGGAUCUGAAACGAUCAACCUUCACGUCGAGGGUAAAAAUCCUGAUCAAUGGUUAAUCUGGAUCAUUGUCUCGGUGUCAGUUGGAGUGAUUUUCAUCGUCUCAGUCAUUGUAGGAGCUGUGAUUUACAAGAGGAGGAGUGUCCACACUGAGCAGCAGAAGAAGGAGGACGGUGCUAAUAUCUACGCGAAUGUCCAGAAGGAGGAGGACGGUGAUGAUAUCUAUGCUAAUGUGUAA